ACGUCUUCUCAUCCAAACCGGCACGCCCAAGAGCUGAAGGUUCGUGGGGUUCUUGCCAUUCAAUCGUAGGGUUCUAGCCCAUUUAUCUACAGCAGCGAUGGCAAUGACGCCGACGAAAUCCCCGAACGCCGAUACCGGCUCUGAUGUCGUGAACACUCCAACUCCGGACUUCUCUACUAAAUCCGGCCCUAAUCCCGAUGCCACUUCCGACGUAUUGAGCUCCCCAUCGAGCCCGCCCGCCGUCUGCUUGUAUAGGUUUGCCGCAGACUCUUUCGGUGGGGCGUUUAUGGGUUCCAUUUUCGGAUACGGUGCAGGGUUGAUAAAAAAGAAGGGCUUCAAAGGGUCUUUUGCAGAGGCAGGAUCAUCUGCAAAGACAUUUGCAGUACUGUCCGGAGUACACAGUGUUGUGGUUUGCUUUCUGAAGAGGCUUAGGGGAAAAGAUGAUGUAAUUAAUGCUGGUGUAGCUGGAUGUUGUACUGGUCUUGCUCUGAGUUUUCCAGGUGCACCACAGGCUCUACUGCAAAGCUGCCUCACUUUUGGGGCAUUUUCCUUUAUUAUCGAAGGCCUUAACAAACAGCAGCCUGCCUUAGCACUCCCGUCUCCCUACUGCCUCAGAGCCUACCAACAACCAUUGCUCCUUCCCUUAUCACUUCCUCUGCCAAAUGAGCUUAGUGACUCUUUCGCUUUCUUUUCCCAAUCCCUAAAAAGACAUGGGAAGAACAAUAAGGGCCCUCUCUAGUGCAAUUCAGAUCAAUUGCUAUUUCUUAUUUUGGAGUUCCUUGUGAAACAUAUAUGUGGAUGAACAUGUAAACAUUUCCGUACUUUAACAACAAAAAGUUAACUUGUUUGCUGCUGUAGAGAUGAUGGGUUUUCCAUAUUUCCUCCCACCAUGAUUACAAGGUCUGACAAAUUUAGCUUUUGUUGAUUCAUUGCAAGUUAUUCACAGAUUGUAGAGCUAUAUAUGUAUGUAUAGGAAAAUGUUCAUGUAAUUUUUAGGCUUCAAACUUACUCGUACAAUUUUUA